AUGAACAUCUCGCAGCCUGUGUCCUCCUCGGUCGACCGAGUCGAGUUUACAUUUCUCACAAAAGAAGAGAUCCAUGCCGUGUCGGUCAAGAAGAUUGAGAAUGAUACUACUUUCGACACUCUGUUGAACCCAGUCCGUGGUGGCUUGUAUGAUCCUGCCCUUGGAUCAUGGGGAGACUCAAUCUGCACCACUUGCAAUCUAGGCCAGCAGUCCUGUCCAGGUCAUGCAGGCCACAUCGACCUCCCCGUUCCCGUGUACCACCCGACCUUCAUGGAUCAAGUCCUCCGCCUGAUACGUGCCCAAUGUGUCUACUGUGACCGCCUACGUUUAGCAAGACGGGAGGUCCACCGCUAUGUUUGCAUAUUCCGCCUGCUACAAUAUGGUCUCCUCAAGGAGGCAGGCAUGGUCGACGCCAUAGGAGAAAACUUUCACGGCUUGGCCAUGCCAGAUGUCCCCCAAGCCGACAUUGCCGACUCCGACUCUGAAGACCAGGCUGGUUCUGCCGACGGCGUCAUGCGGGCGCGUGAUGCCUACGUCCGCCGGGUCCUGCAGGACCAUCGAGCUACCCUCGGCCGCCGCAAGCACGAGGGUGCCGCUGAGCUGCGCACUGCUUUAGUUGGGGAGUUUUUCAAAGACAUCGUCAAGACAAGGGUGUGUGCCUCAUGCCGUGGCGUCUCCCCGACCUAUCGCAAGGAUCGAUCCGUCAAGAUUUUCGAGAAGGCGCUGUCGCCAAAGGAGCAGGCCAAGAUGGCCCAGGCUGGCUUCAAGCGAAAUCAAGGCAUGGCGGCCCAACCAGAGAAGAAGAACGACAAGAGAAGCGGUUACGGUUCUGACGAAGGGGUCGCCGAUCUGUCGUCCACCGACGAGGAAGGCAAUGCCUCAGACGAGGGCAGCGGUGAUGCACUCGACGAGAACGGUGACAUGAUUCCACGCAAAGCCACUCAGAAGCAGUCCACGGAUCGGGCGGGCAGUGCUCAGCGAUACCUCUCACCCGCCGAGGUGCGGUACAGGCUGACGACGCUGUUCGAGAAGGAGCAAGAAGUCCUCUCCCUGGUGUACUGCAGACAACCACGUGUCAAAACAACCCCUGUGCUUGCUGCAAACAUGUUCUUCUUGGAGACCAUUCUUGUACCGCCAAACCGUUUCCGCCCCGAAGCCCGCACUGGCGACUCUCAGAUUGCUGAGGCCCAACAAAAUAGUCUCUACAAGAACAUCAUCCGGGCAUCAGCUCAACUGGCAUCUAUCUACAGGCAGAUUCAAGAUCAGUCGAGGGGUUUGGUCGAUCCGAGAGGGAGGAGAAGCAUGACAGCACUCCAUGAGGCCUGGACCGAACUUCAAGACGCAGUGAACGCUCUGAUCGAUCGAAAUCUCAACCCGGUGCAGGGGGCGGCCGCAAAGAGGAAUGAGGAGGGCAUCAAACAGAAGCUCGAGAAGAAGGAGGGUCUCUUCCGGAAGAACAUGAUGGGAAAGCGAGUCAACUAUGCCGCCCGAAGUGUUAUUUCCCCAGACCCAAACAUCGAGACCAAUGAGAUCGGUGUUCCUCCGGUCUUCGCUCGGAAGCUGACCUUUCCCGAGCCUGUAACAAGCCACAACUUCAAAGACAUGCAGCAGGCUGUCAUCAACGGAGUGGAGAAGUGGCCGGGUGCAUCAGCUAUUGAGAACGAGAAUGGCCAGACAAUCAACCUCCGGAACAAGUCUCUGGAAGAACGUGUCGCUCUUGCCAACCAGCUUCUCGCCCCGACCAACAACACCUCCAGCGGGCUGAGGAACAAGAAAGUGCAUCGUCACUUGGCGAAUGGUGAUGUGGUGCUGAUGAAUCGCCAGCCGACACUGCACAAGCCUUCUAUCAUGGGCCAUCGGGUCAGGGUUUUGCCUGGCGAGAAGACAAUCCGCAUGCACUACGCCAAUUGCAACACGUACAAUGCUGAUUUCGAUGGUGAUGAGAUGAACAUGCACUUUCCUCAGAACGAAGUGGCGCGUGCGGAGGCAUUGCAGCUGGCCGACACAGACCAUCAGUACAUUUCCGGGACAGCCGGGAAGCCUCUUCGUGGUCUUAUCCAAGACCACUUGUCGGUUUCGGUCGCGCUCUGCAACAAGGAUACAUGGUUUGACAGACAGGCUUAUCAGCAGCUAAUAUAUGGUGCUCUUCGUCCGGAAAGUGGUCACAUUCUCGGAGAGAGGAUUGAACUAAUUCCCCCCGCGAUUCUGAAGCCCGUUGCGCGGUGGACUGGCAAACAAGUCAUCACAACUAUUUUGAAGAACAUCAAGCCGCCAAACUGCGGCAAACUGUGGAUGAGUGGCAAGACCCAGAUCCCAGCUGCACGAUGGGGCCCAGGCUCGGAGGAAGGCGCUGUUCUGUUUCAAGAUGGCGAAUUCAUAUGCGGGAUUUUGGAUAAAUCUCAACUCGGGCCAAGCUCUGGUGGCUUCAUCCACUCUGUUCAUGAGGUAUACGGGCCUGCCGUCGCCGGCAAGCUACUCAGCAGCAUGGGCCGUCUCUUGACUAGAUAUCUCAACAUGAGGGCGUUUACCUGCGGAAUGGAUGACUUGAGGCUGACUCGAGAAGGGGAAGAGAGACGAAAGAACACGCUGGCGGCUGCACCUCACAUUGGCCUGCGGGUCGCUGCCAAGUACGUGACUCUGGACGAUCAGCAGCCGGGACCAUCAGAUCCAGAGCUUCUCAGCCGCCUGGAGGAAGUCAUGCGAGAUGAUACGAAACAAGAGGGCCUCGAUGUGCUGAUGAACAAGGACUCUUCCGACCUAUCUAGCGCUGUGACACAGGCGUGUCUGCCUAACGGGCUCGAGAAGCAUUUUCCCAAGAACCAAAUGCAGUCCAUGACGACUUCAGGUGCCAAAGGCUCUCUGGUCAAUGCCAACUUGAUCUCGUGUAAUCUGGGUCAGCAAGUUCUGGAGGGCCGCCGAGUCCCAGUCAUGGUCAGCGGUAAAACAUUGCCGAGUUUUCGACCAUUUGACACAGACGUCCGAGCCGGCGGGUACAUUGUGAACCGAUUCCUGACAGGCAUCAGGCCUCAGGAAUACUACUUCCAUCACAUGGCUGGCCGCGAAGGCUUGAUUGACACAGCUGUCAAGACGUCGCGUUCUGGUUAUCUUCAAAGGUGUCUUAUCAAGGGCAUGGAGGGCCUGUCCGUUGGUUACGACAGCUCGGUACGAGAUUCAGAUGGUACCCUAGUCCAAUUCCUAUACGGGGAAGACGGCCUCGAUAUUUCGAAGCAAAAGUACCUCACAAACUUCGGGUUCGUGCUCCGCAACUUUGAAUCCCACCAAGCUCAGACUCAUGUCCCAGAGGCCGCCGCGCUGGGCUUGUUUGAGCACAAAGAUGAGUUUUUCAGAAGGAACAAGAUGGCGGUGAAAAAGGCCAAAGCCAACAUUAUCAACACCGACGAGCCUGUCAACUGCACUGUCACUUCAGCAAGGAACGCGUUCGCCACCUCUGAAAAAUUCUACGAGGCCAUGUCGGAGUACAUAAAGAACAACCCAGACGCCUUGAUCGGGAACAAGAAGGACAAGGAUGAGAGCAAUCAAUCGGCCAAACUGAAGACCCUGUCACGAAAGCAAGUGGAGAGAAUCCUUGCGGCGAAGUACUUGAGGUCUCUUGUGGAGCCCGGUGAGGCGGUUGGCAUUGUCGCCGGGCAAUCAGUCGGAGAGCCGUCCACGCAGAUGACACUGAACACCUUCCAUUUGGCCGGCCACUCGGCUAAGAACGUAACGCUUGGUAUCCCUCGAUUACGUGAAAUCUUGAUGACCGCCAGUGCGAACAUUUCGACUCCGGCCAUGACGCUUGUUCUCAACGAGGAGCUGUCAGCGGAUGAUGGCGAAAAGUUUGCCAAGGCUAUCAGUGUUUUGCCUCUUUCUCACGUUUUGGAAAGCGCGUCCGUCAGUGAGCGUGUCGGGAAGGGCAUUGGCUAUGCUCUAGCAAAGAUAUUCCGCAUACGCCUCAGGUUCUUCCCCUCACGCGAAUACACGGAAACAUACAAUAUUGGCAUCUCCGAUGUGCUGGACACGGUAGAGAAGAAGUUCUUGUCACAACUGCACCAAGUUGUCAAGAAGGAAAUCAAGAAGAAGAGCAGUGGCGUCACCUCAGCGACUCCAGAAGUUGGCAUGAAGUCUGGCACCAUCGAAAUGGCUGAUCCUUCGCGCGAAGUGGGCGGUCCUACGGGUGGUGACAACGAGGAUGGUGAUGAUGACGAUGAUGACGGCGGCGACGGCGAUGCAACAACUGCAAAACAGCGAGCCAACCGCGGUGAAGAGGCGUCAUACGGGCCCAAUGACGACGAAGAUGACGCAAUUCAGCAGCGGCUGGACCAAGAAGCGGACCUGGGUAGCGAGGACGAAGAUGAAGGCUUCGGGGGCAGUCCACCUACAGAGCAUGACGAUGACACGGCCGGUGAGAAUGAGCCAUCAGCAAAUGACUCCGAUGCCGAGAGCACCUCUCGUGAAGGCCGUAUCAAGGAAAAGAUUCCAAACGUCACCGAGUUCCGGUGCGACGAGUCGCGAGGCGGUUGGUGCGAGUUUGUUCUGGAAUACGAUGUGAAUGUGCCCAAAAUCCUCAUGCUGAACUUGGUGGAGGCUGCGGUACGGAAGACGCUCAUCCAACAGAUACCCGGUGUGGGCCAGUGCACCUUCGUCGCCAAAGACAAGGUCCUCGACGUGCGGACCGGCCAGGAGGUGGAGGCGUCAGUGGUACACACGGCAGGCGCGAAUCUACAAGCCAUGCAGAAGUACAGCGACUACAUCAACCCAAACAAGAUCUCGACAAACGACAUCGCCGCCGUACUUGCUGUAUACGGGGUCGAAGCUGCGCGGAACAACAUCAUACGGGAACUGAGCAACGUCUUUGGCGGCCACGGUAUCAGCGUGGACAAUAGGCACCUCAACUUGAUCGGAGAUCACAUGACAAGGAACGGCGGAUUCUCGCCCUUCAACCGGAUGGGUCUCAAGGGCAAUGUGAGCCCCUUCACCAAGAUGAGUUUCGAGACAACGCUGGCCGUCCUCAAGGACGCAUUACUAGAUGGUGACUGGGAUGACUUGAGCACACCAAGUGGGAGGCUGGUCUUGGGGAGGCUGGGGAAAGCUGGCACAGGAUCGUUCGAUGUGUAUACCGCCGCGCCCAUAAGGCAUUUCGAUCCGAUGCGAGCAGAUGCGAUGGAGGAGUAG